UACUAUCCGAGAGAUAUUAUCGAGCUGGUUUUCAAUUGUUUCAUUACGUCAUCAAUGAUAAUGACUCUUUAGAGUUAAUUGAGAAGGAGUUAGGUACCAAUAGCUAUUAAGGUGCAACCCUGCUGUGAACUUCCAAGGGUUAAUUAUAAAAUUAAUUGUUCUGUAAUUGCUGGAAAGGACAACCAAUAGCUGGACGCUCGAACCAUUUAUUACCCAAGGGUAGGAAUACUCUUCGGUUAGAAUGUUCACUUGAGUAAUUAUAUAUUAACGUAUAGAUCGGAUUAAUAAUAUUCGUUCUAUAAAAUGAACGUGGGAAUUUUUUUAAUUAAUCCAAAAUUUUUUUUGUAACUUAAAACAUCCUCAAUGUACAAACGCCAUAAUUACUUUUAUCGAUUCUCUGUUUUAUGAUAGUUUCAUGAUUGACACAACUAAGUAUAAUCAGAACACUCGAACGAAGAGUAAAAAAUUUACCAAAAAAUAAAUAAACGCAAAAAUUAAAUCAAAAAGGAUCCAACCUUAACUUUUUAGGUUGCCUACAAGUUUUUAGAAAAUUGCGAAAAAUGUCACGAUAAUAAAAAAAGAUGCAAAAAAUCUGUGCUCAGUGGCACCGUGUGAAAUAUCUUUUCCGCGAAUUUUACACCGUAACGGGAUAUGAGCUUAUAGAUACGACUGCACUAUCAAAGCGACUGGACGAUAUUUCUGCGACUUUCUACAAAAUGUCGACAACAUUCAUAUGCAAAUGAGAUUCACAUAUCCAAAAAUGAAGAGUCCCUCCAUGUAUAUCACUCAUGUCGAUCCACACGGUGUUUUUCUGGUAUACAGAAGUACCAGGCAGGGAUUUACUCACUACUUCAUGGGUCAGCUUUUUCAAAUUGCCAAGGAUCUUUAUAAAACAACAUUGGACAUCAGGGUACUGGAAACCUCGAAUAAUAUACCGGGUUCUCAAAAUGUCAUGGUUAAAUUUCGCAUUGAUUUUGACAAUCGUGAUUACAUAUCAAAAAAUACUAAACUGAAGGCUCCCAUGGGGGCACAAUUAUCCCCCGUACCCUGUACGCUGUUACUGCGAUUAUUUCCCUUUGGGGUUAUUCUUAAUCGUAACAUGUGCAUUCUGGGUGCUGGGGAGAAACUCAUGCAGGCGUGGGGUGGCAGCACGUCCGUGCUGAACAAGCACGUCAGUGAACUCUUCAAGUUACGACGACCUAAGGGAAUCUCAUUCACUUGGAGAAACGUGAUGAAUUUACAUUCCGUGAUGUUCGAACUAGAAUUAAUCAGAUCGUCUGAAAGUAAAUCUGUUGUUCCGGAAUCCUCUGUAACGACGACUAAUAGUCCCAGCACGAGUUCCGGUUUAGAUAGGAGAGGAAGUCAGGGAACAAGAAGUAUCUUAUUCAAAGGACAAAUGAGAUACAUUGAAGAUAUCAAGGGAAUAAUUUUCCUCUGUAGUCCCUUGAUCAACAACGUGGACGAGUUACGUAACAUGGGUCUGUUUUUCAAUGAUCUUAAUCCACACGGCUUGAGUCGCGAGAUGGUUUUUCGAGGAUUGGAACAUUGUGGAAGGUUAGAGAUGAUGUUCGAAAGGGCUGAGCAAAAGUCAGCGGAGCUUGAGAUAAAUUAUGACCUUUUGGAUCGAUGGAAAAAUAAAAGUGAUGAAUUACUUUAUUCCAUGAUACCGCAAAUUGUUGCCGAUCGUUUACGUGCCGGCGCCAGUCCGCUCAGUACUUGUGAGUCCUUCGAAUCCAUCACUGUGUUGUUCUGUGAACUUUGCGAUUUCAACUAUUCGACCAUAGAAGAUGCCAUGGAUAUAGUAUCCUCCAUGAAUGCAGUGUUUUCCUGCUUUGACUCUCUUAUGGAUAAAUUUAAUGUCUACAAGGUGGAAACCGUGGGGCGAGUUUACAUGGCAGCGAGUGGAGCUCCAGAUAAGACUGAACAUCACGCCCGAAAUAUUGCUGAUGUCUCAUUGCAGCUUAUCACCCACGUACGGUCGCUCAAGCUACCAUCUGGCCUCGAUAUACAAAUUCGCAUUGGAAUACAUUCUGGUCCUGCUGUUGCUGGGGUUGUUGGUAUCAAAGUACCAAGAUAUUGCUUCUUUGGAGAUACCGUGAAUACAGCAUCCAGAAUGCAAACGACGAGUACGCCUGGAAAGGUUCACUUGUCUCCGGAUACUAAAAUACUUUUGCCAGAGGACAGAUAUCAUUUGGAACCACGUGGCACGGUGUGGGUUAAGGGCAAAGGUAACAUGGAGACGUAUUGGUUGUACGAGAAGGAACAACGUCCUGCAAUGCCAAGCGUGAAAAGUUCUCUAGUCACCGAAGUAUAGAAAGCACAGAAGAUUUGCCAUUUGUUAAAUUUACGUUUGAAUCACACUAAAAAGAUAAUCAAUCAGUUGUAACUUUAGUAUCAAUGUCGACGUAUCUGUUUUGAAGACGAACAGUGCAAAUUUUGAAGUUGCAAAAAAACAAUGCGUGCGGCUUAAAAAAUGUCUAAUAUCAACGUUAGUUCCUUACACGUGACUCUUGAGCUUACCACCUAAAUAUAUGUGGCAUCUAGUAUCUGUCGCGUUAUUAAUCUUUAUCUAGUCGUGCGUAGCCGAAAGGACCUCGUACUUAAUAUUUUCACACAUAAAAUUAAUACUAAUCACCUAAAUACCUACCCCAGGACUACCUGUGGUCACAGACUCGAAAUUUAAUUAUUGUUAAUUUUAUAAACAAAGGUAUCAAAUGCGCGAUCCCUCGCGAUUAAGCACGGCUGGAUAAAGUAAAAAUUCUAUUAUGUAUACGAAACAUAUCUCUAACAAUGCUUAUGUGCAAAAUCGCCAUUGAUCUGCACAUAUACGUGCUUAUACCCAAAGAGUAAAUUAAUUAGGCCACUCUAACAUGAUUAUGACAGUCUGAAAGGCACGUGGGUCACACGUGCCAGUUACGAUUACAUAUAUACAUAAUUAAUUAUAACAUAUCAUUCGGCCUGACGUAAGUUACACACGAUGAAUACACCAUACGAAAAAAUCUUGGUCUCAUCCGAAAAAGUGCGAAAUUAAAAGAGAAAGUUUUGACAACUUUCAUUUCUAUACGCUCAUAGUAUUACAGCUAGCCAAAGCCGCGAACAUGGAUACUCGUGCCUUAACAAUCACUUUUCACAAUACCAGUACAAUUAC